CCGCUCCCCACGUGGCCGCCAGCGGGCGGGGCUGGGCGGGGCUGGGCCGGGCCUCCUCUUCCUUUCGCGCGCCCCUCCGAGCCUGAGCCCCAGCCCGAACCCGAGCCGUGCGGAGCCGCAAGGUGGGCCGGCAGCCCGCGGCCCCAUCAUCCGACCCCGACCGAAGGCCGGCCCCAUCCCCUCCCUCGGCCGCCGUCCCUUUUCGUGCUGGUGGGAGUGCCCCGCCCCCACACCACAAAGCUGCCUGGGAGGGGCAGCUGGGGCCUUCAGUGGGCAGCAGCGAUGAGAAGCCAGGGGAAUGCAGGGGGCAGCCCGAGGCAGGCACCAGCCUGGGUGGGCAGAGGCAGCCGGAAGGUCCUGCGUGUCUGGCUGAGCAAGAUGUCGGUGAAGGAGGGCGCCCAGCGCAAGUGGGCGGCACUGAAGGAGAAGCUGGGGCCGCAGGACUCGGACCCCACGGAGGCCAACCUGGAGAGCGCCGAGCCCGAGCUCUGCAUCCGGCUGCUGCAGGUGCCCUCCGUGGUCAACUACUCGGGGCUGCGCAAGCGGCUGGAGAGCAGCGACGGCGGCUGGAUGGUGCAGUUCCUGGAGCAGAGCGGCCUGGACCUGCUGCUGGAGGCCCUGGCGCGCCUGUCGGGCCGCGGCGUGGCCCGCAUCGCCGACGCGCUGCUGCAGCUCACGUGCGUCAGCUGCGUGCGCGCCGUCAUGAACUCCCGGGAGGGCAUCCAGUACAUCCUCAGCAACCAGGCCUACGUGCGCCAGCUCUCCCUGGCUCUGGACACGUCCAACAUGAUGGUCAAGAAGCAGGUGUUUGAGCUGCUGGCUGCCCUGUGCAUCUACUCGCCCGAGGGCCACGCCCUGACCCUGGACGCCCUGGACCAUUACAAGGCGGUGUGCGGCCAGCAGUACCGCUUCAGCGUCAUUAUGAGCGAGCUCUCAGACAGCGACAACGUGCCCUACGUGGCCACCCUGCUCAGCGUGGUCAAUGCCAUCAUCCUCGGCCCUGAGGACGUCCGCACCCGCGCCCAGCUACGCAGCGAGUUCAUCGGACUGCAGCUGCUGGACGUCCUGACGCGGCUGCGAGACCUGGAGGACGGGGACCUGCUGAUCCAGCUCGAGGCCUUCAGGGAGGCCAAGGCCGAGGACGAGGAGGAGCUGCUGCGGGUCUUCGGCGGCAUCGACAUCAACAGCCACCAGGAGGUCUUCUCCGCGCUCUUCCACAAGGUGAGCUGCUCCCCGGCGUCCGUCCACCUGCUGUCGGUGCUGCAGGGCCUCCUGCACCUGGAGCCCAGCCUUCGCUCCAGCCAGCUGCUCUGGGAGGCCCUGGAGAGCCUGGUGAACCGGGCGGUGCUCCUGGCCUCUGACGGCCAGGAGUGCACCCUGGAGGAGAUGGUUGAACGCCUCCUGUCCAUCAAGGGGCGGCCCCGCCCCUGCUCCCUGGACAAAGCCCACAAGAGCACCCAGGCCGACCUUGGCCAGAGCCAAAGGGGCAGCUCCCCGCAAAACUCUAGCGCCCCGACAGCAGGCCUGGGGGGCCAGCAGCCAGCCGCGGCCCUCGCCAGCCCACUCGUCACCAGCGUCCAGGGCGAGCAUGGGCCGGCACCGCAGCCAACAGCCCCGGAGAGGCUGGAGCGCCCCCCGCCCCCGCCGGCGCCCCCGCUCCCUGACUCCACGACCGCGCCCCCUCCUCCGCCCCCUCCCCCACCGCUGCCCCCGCCCCCGCCGGGCAUGGGGGCUGCAUUCCCCUCACCUCUGCCGCCCCCGCCGCCCCCACUGCCUAACUCUGCUGGGACCGUGCUGCCCCUCCCGCCCCUCCCGGGCCUGGGGGGCCCGCCCCCGCCGCCCCCACUGCCUAACUCUGCUGGGACCGUGCCGCCCCCACCGCCCCUCCCGCCCCUCCCGGGCCUGGGGGGCCCGCCCCCGCCGCCCCCACUGCCUAACUCUGCUGGUACCGUGCCGCCCCCACCGCCCCUCCCGGGCCUGGGGGGCCUGCCCCCGCCACCCCCACCGCCCCCACCCUUGCCCGGCAUCUCCGGGCCCCCUGCCGCGGGCGGCGUGGAGGAGAUAAUCGUGGCCCAGGUGGAUAGCGGCCUGAGUUCGGCCUGGGUCCCCCGCCACCGGCGCGUGAACCCUCCCACCCUGCGCAUGAAGAAACUCAACUGGCAGAAGCUGCCGUCCAGUGUGGCCCGCGCAGAAGGCAGCUCCAUGUGGGCAACGCUGAGCAGCCCCGACGCCGAGGUGGUGGAGCCCGACUUCUCCAGCAUCGAGCGGCUCUUCUCCUUCCCCACGGCCAAACCCAAGGAGCAGGCGGUGGCCCCGGCCAGGAAGGAGCCCAAGGAGAUCACUUUUCUGGACUCCAAGAAAAGCCUGAACCUCAACAUCUUCCUGAAGCAGUUUAAAUGCUCCAACGAGGAGGUCACCGCCAUGAUCCGGGCGGGGGACAGCACCAAGUUCGACGUGGAGGUCCUCAAGCAGCUGCUCAAGCUCCUUCCGGAGAAGCACGAGAUCGAGAACCUGCGCUCCUUCGCGGAGGACCGGGCCAGGCUCGCCAGCGCCGACCAGUUCUACCUCCUCCUGCUGGGCAUCCCCUGCUACCAGCUUCGGAUCGAGUGCCUGCUGCUCUGCGAGGGCACGGCCGUCGUGCUGGACAUGGUGCGGCCCAAGGCCCAGCUGCUGCUCGCCGCCUGCGAGAGCCUGCUCACCAGUCACCGGCUGCCCGUCUUCUGCCAGCUGAUUCUGAAAAUCGGGAACUUCCUCAACUAUGGCAGCCACACCGGGGACGCCGACGGCUUCAAGAUGAGCACGCUGCUGAAGCUCACGGAGACCAAGUCCCAGCAGAGCCGGGUCACACUGCUGCACCAUGUGCUGGAGGAAGUGGAGGAGAGCCAUCCUGACCUCCUGCAGCUACCCCAGGACCUGGAGCUGCCCGCCCGAGCGGCAGGGAUCAACCUUGAGGGCAUCCACGCGGAGUCCAGCACUAACCUGAAGAAGCUCCUGGAGAUGGAGCAGAAGGUGUCCUCCUCCAUCCCAGAGGUGCAGGAGCAGUACGCCCACCGCCUCCAGGCCAGCAUCGCAGACUCGCAGGCACUGGAGGAGGUGUUCCAGGCCAUCGAGCAGAAACAGCUGGAGCUGGCUAGUUACCUGUGCGAGGAUGCCCAGCAGCUGUCCCUGGAGGACACGCUCAGCACCAUGAAGACCUUCCGAGAUCUCUUCCUCCGCGCCCUGAAGGAGAACAAGGACCGGAAGGAGCAGGCGGCCAAGGCUGAGAGGAGGAAGCAGCAGCUGGCGGAGGAGGAGGCCCGCAGGCCGCGGGGCGAGGGCGGGAAGGCCGCCAGGAGGGGAGGCGGGAAGCAGGAAGAGGUGUGUGUCAUCGACGCCCUGCUGGCUGACAUCAGGAAGGGCUUCCAGCUGCGUAAGACGGCCCGCGGCCGAGGGGACGCAGAGGCGACCAGCAGGGCAGCCGCCACAGACCCCCCGAGGAACAAGGCACCUGCCGCCACCAGGGACCCCGUGGGAGGUACCAGCGCCCCCAUCUCUGAGCCUGGCCUGGACACUGCAGCCGGCAGGGAGCCCUGGGGCUGGGAUCUCGCCGAUGCCGCUCCCACCAGCCACCAGCCCACUGGAGACUCAUCAGAGACGGGUGGCCCUGGGCCCCUGGAGAGGCGCUCUUCUUGGUACACAGAUGCCAGUGAUUUCCUGCCCACGGAGGACCCCCAGGGCCCCCAGCCCCCUGCAGGGGCCUGGUCAGUGGUACUGGGAGACGCUCAAGCCCUGAAGCCCCUCGACUUCAGUGACCAGCCCCCCAAAGCCAUGGGUCUGAGCCAAGACACUGAGGAGCCCAUGGCCCCGCUGGGUGCCUGCCAGGCCAAGGCUGACAGCACAGGUGAGGGCCUGGAGGAUGCAGCUGCCCACGGCCGCCGCGCCGGCCUCCCCGCUGCAGGCCCUGAUGAGGAUGAGGACGGGGAGCUCACAGCCCCAGACUCCGCGCUGGACACCUCCCUGGACAGGUCCUUCUCGGAGGAUGCCGUGACUGACUCGUCGGGGUCUAGCACCCUCCCCAGGGCUCAGGGCCGGACGUCGAAGGGCACAGGCAAACGGAGGAAGAAACGCCCCUCCAGGAACCAGGAAGCAGAGGUUGCCCCCGACCCUGACGCUAAUAAAACAAAAAGGCUCUGUGUGAUCCAGUGAGGCCUCAGGCCCAGGUCCAGAGCCAAGUGAGAGGACCCACAGCAGGGCUGCCGGACGAGCUGCUGGGCGGGGCCCCCGGGCCAGGCUGGGGCCAGCCCCUGGGAAACCCAAACUCCGUGCCUUACCCGGCCCGCGCCACGGCCUCUCGGAGCCUCGGACUGCUGAGGCCAGGACCCCCACGGGCACUGGGGCCCGGCCCCCCUGGCGCCCCCCUGGCCUGCCUGCACACCCCUGCCCUCUGCUUUCUAAACGCCGUCGCCCAACCCUGACCCCACACGGCAUGCACCACGGCCCCCAUCCGGCCGCCUGGGGGGGCGGGUCAAGUGGCUGUGUCCGGGGCACCCCAAGCUUGUGAACUGGCUCCCAGAUUCCCCUGGGGACAGGCCCUGACAGACCUCCCCCCGAAGCGACGGAGCUGGGGAGGACUGGAGACCCUGCUCCACAGAUCUGCCCCCAACUAACUCAGUUGGGCUGAAGCACUCGUUUUUAACUGAAAUAGGAUGAUUUGUGGGUUUCUACCGUUUUGUGUGGCCGAGUUGGGGACAGGUAGGUGGGUGAGAGAACCCGGGCCUUCGGGUAGAGGCAGGCCAUCCGGCCAUGCAUGGGAGGCCCAGGGUCCCUCUAUUCAGGAGAGGGGGAUCCCCGUGGAGUUGGCACCCAUCCCCACACCUCCAGCCCUGAGGUGGGGAGGGGCCUGCCCUUGGGUCCCCUCAUCAGCAAGACAGCUGGCCUGCAACUGCUGCCCCCUCCUCCAGGCCCCAUUGGGCCGGGGGGAGGCCAGGAUCCGGGCCAAGGGGCCAGAGGGGCUGCCGCCUCUCCUCACUGACCCCGUGGGCCCCUUGCACUGCCCCCAGCCCCUGUGUGUACUACCGAGACUGGAGAAGCUUUGGCCAAUAAAGAACAAGGCUAGCCCA